AUGAAUCCCACCAUCAGCAUCGCUGUCAUCCUGACAGUGCUGCAGGUUGCCCAUUGCCAGAAGAUCAAGGAGCUGAGCGCCUGCUUGCUGGGUCAGAGCCUGCGCGUGGACUGCCGCUACGAAAACAAGACCAGCAACUUCCUGACGUACGAUUUCAGCGUGCUCAAGGAAAACAGGAAGCGGGUGAUCCAGAGCAACCUGAACGUCCCUGAGAACAGCCUCAAGGCACGCUCCAACAUCACCCUGUCAAAGGACCUGGUGUGCCUGCAGCUGUUCGACUUCACCACCGCAGACGAGGGCAUCUACAUCUGCGAGCUGAAGAUCACCGGUGACUACACCGGCAACCAGAUAAGGAACAUCACCGUCAUCAAAGACAAGCUGGAGAAAUGUGCUGGCAUCAGCCUCUUGAUUCAGAACACCUCCUGGCUGCUGCUUCUGCUCCUGUCCCUGCCGCUCCUGCAAGCUGUGGACUUCGUGUCCCUGUGA